CAACACAAAUCUCUCUCUCUCUAUCUUUCUCUCUCUAGCAAAUAUGGAAACCUUCUCACAAUCAAUCACUCCCAUUCUUCACUUUCAUUUCCCCUCUUAAUUUCCUUCCUUUUAUAUCUCUUUUGAUUUGAUUUCUUGGUUUGGUUUCUUUUGGGUGAGAGAAGAAAAAACCCUAGAAACAAAAACAAAAAUUUUCUUGAAUUUGCAACAAAAGGAAAGGAAAUAAUAUCAAAACAUGUUUAUGGAUUCCUUUCCUAUUCCCCAUCAUCACCAUCAUGAUGUGGCCGCCGCCACCUCCGCCGAAAGCGCGAACUUUGUGGCUGCGGAGACGGUGGCGGCUCCCGUGGCGGCGGCGGCGGCGGGAUCGUCGAGCCGGUACGAGAACCAGAAGCGGCGGGACUGGAACACGUUCGGGCAGUACCUGAAGAACCACCGUCCCCCGCUGGCCCUGUCGCGGUGCAGCGGGGCCCACGUGCUGGAGUUCCUCAGGUACUUGGACCAGUUCGGGAAGACCAAGGUCCACAACCAGAUAUGCCCGUUCUACGGCCACCCGAACCCGCCCGUGCCGUGCCCCUGCCCGCUCCGGCAGGCUUGGGGCAGCCUCGACGCGCUCAUCGGGCGGCUUCGGGCGGCCUACGAGGAGAACGGGGGAACGCCCGAUACCAACCCGUUUGGGGCUCGGGCAGUCCGGCUCUACCUCCGGGAAGUCCGGGAUCUGCAGUCCAAAGCCAGAGGAAUCAGCUACGAGAAGAAGAAGCGGAAGCGGCCGCCGCCGCCGACUCCGCCGCCAGGUGAACCUCCACUUCACAUUUGAUGUACGUGUAUAUAUCCAUCGCCGCCGCCCUAAAGCUCUAAGCUUUACUCUUCUUGAUUUCUUUUUUACCCUUUCACCAAAAAAAAACAAAAUUGGGGCUUCACUUCUAAGACUAUAUAUUUUGAGGUUGGUGUUAAUUUUGUGGUUUGUUAUGAAUUGAAGUUCUUGAUUUUAUCAUAUAAUAAUCUCCCAAUUUACCAUGAAAAUAUAUGGUAUAGUAUAUGGUAUUGUGUAAGUUUAUUUUCUUGAAAUUAAAAAGAUGGAUAUAAAUAUGAACUAGGGUU